CAACAGCUGCUACUACAACGGAACCCACUUCAUGGAGGGAUCGAUUGUGCCCACCAAGGAGCCCUGUCUGAUGUGCAAAUGCCAGAGUAAAACGUUGAUCUGCGCCCUGAAAGUUUGCCCCGAACAACCAAUUCCACCGCCUCGGGGUUGCAUCCUGGUCCAUCGGAAUGGCGCCUGCUGCCCGUAUCUGCAGUGCUCCAAGCUUCACCUGUCCACCAAGAACAGUGGCGACCGGAAGAAGAUCCACUUCCUCGACUACUACCAGAAGGAGGCAGAGGAACGCCUGUCGCAUCCCAACUCCUAUCUACGUCGCUCCGAUGAUGACGAUGUCGAAGAGAAUGGAGCGUGUAUAGUGAAUGGAACGGUGUACAAAUCUGGUUCGGCAAUGACUUCUUCAACGCUGUGUUCAUACUGUUACUGUAUUAACGGGCGGCAGAAGUGUGUCAAGCCGAAGUGCGCACUUCCGAGUGCCCGAUGUGCUCCGGUAUUCAUCGAUUCGGCUUGCUGUCCAAUACGCUACGAUUGUUCGGGAAGCGUGGAAACGAACGAAGUAAUGACAACAAACGCUCCAGAGUUGAUAAAGAGGAUAAACAAUCGACACUACCUGAGAAUUGCGGAGCAUAAGGUGGUGAAGAAUUUGGGUUGUCUGAUUGAUGGCAAGAGUUAUCCGGAGGGAGAUCGAAUCAGUUCACACGAUCCGUGUGAAGUGUGUUUCUGUAUUCGAGGCAAUAAAAAGUGUACUCCCAAGAAGUGUGCACCAGCUAUCAAGGGCUGCACACCGAGAAUUCCACGAGGAGAGUGCUGCGCAGUACGAUACGAUUGCAGUAAGUCUGCUGUAGAUCGUAGUUGGAAAAAUACUGCUAACGGCGAUCUCAUCCCAGAGCAAAGUGAGCAGAAGCUCUUUGGCCGGAAGAUUGAAGAAGAAGAGGAGGAGCCGUUUGAUUUCUUCUCAAUACUUUUUGGACCAGAUCCGGAUGCACCGAAACCUGAGGCGAAAAAUGUUUCAGAGUUCGUAUCGACUACAGAGCUGGCACCUAUUAGCUCUACCUCCGAAAAAGGUUUCUUCGACUUCUUGAGAGAUGGCCUGGAUUUCAUCGAUUCGAACGGGGAAGAUUUGAUCGAUACAACACCGUUUCCUUUGUUGUCAACGACCUCGUCUAAUCCCGUUACAACAAACGCUGCCGAAGUUCAGACAGUGAAGGUUGAAAUUAUCCAGGAGCCGCAAACCAUCUACAUCGAAAAACCAGACUUUGAUUUCCCUGUAAGAUCUACACCUCCUCCUCCUAUUCCAGUUCUCAAAAGGAAAACUACAACUGAGAGCUUUACUACCAGUACGGCAGCUAGUACUACAGUUAAAUCACUCAGUACCAGUACAACUGCUGCAAGUACAACAUCAACUGAAAAGCUUACCACAUCAGUUAAAUCUGCUCCGCUUACAGCAACUGAAGCUUCCACUACAUCAACGGCAUCACAACCGUCCACUACAACUUCAGUUUCGUCAACAACAACAACACCGCCACGAACUUCAACAACUGCCACUUUACCCACAUCUACAACAACUAAUACGCCAACUUCCACUGUUAGUACAUCAACUUCCACAGUUCCUCCAACAUCAACUACUGUGGCACCAAGUACUUCAACAUCGACCACAACAACUACAGCCCCAGUAACAUCAACGACUCCUGUACCUUCUACUACAACUGCUUCAACAACUACGACUCCAUCUUCAACUUCCACAACAACGGCACUUCCAUCAAGUACACCAACAACGACAACAACUACUACCACUAGUACUACAACUACUACAACGACAACUCAAGCUCCCACAACUACUACUACUACCACAACAACCACGACAACAACACCCAAACCCACCACGGAAAGAACUACCCAACCAAUUCCUCCGAAGGAAGACUUGCUAACGAUCGAACUCACGAAGGCAGAACCGGAAUUCCAAGACCUGGAAUCGGACUCUCUGCUCAAGGAAUCCCUCAACGACAUCUCGAACUCCCUCACCGAUCUGGAAUCGGAAGAGGAGUCUGAGGAGACAACGACCGCAGCAGAACAUCAUACUAACACGGAACCGGUGACGACGCCUGCUCCGAAAGAAACAGAAACACCCAAACCAGACACGGUGACAGAAACGGCACCGAUGACGGAAAAACAAACGAACGCUCCUACGCCCAUAGAUGUCGUCAUCAAAAUCGGAGACUCUGUGAGCAAGGAAACUGUUGAAUCGAUUCUCAGUACGCUGAAGGCUAAAAUUGAAAACGUUACAAAGGCUGCUCCAAGUCUGGAUUCCACCGAUAUGGAGACAACAAAAUAUCGACCAAAUGACAAGUUUGUUGGGUUCGAAACCGAACCACUAACAGAGGAAGUAACGAUGGCCGAUGAGCUGACCAUGACGAAUGAAGUUCCAUCUACAACAUUGAGUCCUCGGGCUACCGAACACAAUUUUUCACCGGAACAGGAGGAAACCGAGGAAGAUGAUGUAGAGCAACCAGAUGAGGAGACAACCGUCGACUACUCGGGCGAUGAGAUGCUCGUUGAAGAACUUGCUACAACGCACUCUGCGAUUGAAUCGACUACCCAAGAAUCGUACACUGAACAUGACGAAGAAUAUGUUACCGAGGAAGAAUCAGAAUCUAGUACCAUGCCAACAACUGAAUCGAGUGCAUCGCUCGUGGCAGAGUUCAAAACGGAGAAAGAAGCAGAAACAGUAUUGGUGACGACGACGGAAAACACCAUUAGUUCAACCCAGAAGCCGAAACCCGUUGCCCAGAAAAACGCCACCAAACCUCUGGUUACCAAAGAAAACAAUCUUCUCUCGGUGUUGUUGACUGAGCUGUCUAAUAUCUUCGACAGUAAGAAGAACGAUUCCCACAGCCAAAACACCAAGACUCGAGUUGAACCACGGCCAGUCGUUCCGAAGCCCAUACCAAUCGGUGAAUUCCAUCGGCCAAGCAAUAUACCCUCGAUUCUCGAAUCGGACAUCAACCUGGACUACGCUGAGCCAACUCUACCUCCAAGUCUACCAAAUCUUAAAAUCAUUCCUUUCCUGCCAGCCGAUGCCGUUAAGAAGAAUGAACCCCCGGUACCGCUUGCAGCGCCAUACGAGUUCUACAAACCAAAUCCAACGAGCUACCCCAGCCUGACAGACGCCUACGAACCAUACGGCGUUCACAAGGAGCACGAUAUGCACCCGGGAGUACCCUUCAAACCCCCGAUGAAGUACGACUACAGUUAUGACCCAUCGCUCAACUAUCCAGCCUUAACGGAAAACUACGACCUUGACCCCAAAAUCAAUCACUAUAACACCAAAAUCAUCCGGGAUAAGUACGAUACAAUCAACGACUCCGACUACGAUUACUCAGAUACAGAUGCCCUGGCAAAAUACGACAUCCACUCCAAACAGGAACUGUUCAAGAACGAGCUGAAGAAGUUCAUCCCUGCGAAGUACGAAGCACCCAAAGAGGGAACCUACGUACCGGUGUAUGACAAAUAUGGUGUGGGCUACCCGGAGAAGAACAUCUACUAUCCAAAUCACAAGGAAACGUACGAACCUAUCAUCUAUAGUACCAGUGCCGGAGGUAAGCAGAGUCAGGAGGUUGAAGGAUUAGACGAGCGAAUGCCGCUGUUCCGAGUAGAAGAGAAGCCGGUGCUGCCGAUUUCGACCGUGGGUGGCCUCGCUGGUGGUAGUGGAUUUUCUCCCCCGACCAAAACUGAAGGGGGCUUUGUACCGAAAGACCACCUGAAGGAAGAUUACUACUUCGAUCCGUAUCUCACUACGACCUACCCCGUCGAUCAGACCACCGAAGAACGCAUUCCGGCUAAGCUGCAGUUUAAUUCGACGCUCGCUGCUUUUGGAGCAACCCCGGUCAAUCCGUUCACCGAUGUCAUUCACACGGAACCCGCUCCCCCACUGAUGAGUCUAAUCGAGGACAAGGAGAAACUGUUCUCGGUGUACCAUCUGGUGGCCAAAAACAAUCACACCUCGCUGGAUGAACUGCUGGACAACGAUAACGAUCGGAUCGAUCGUAUUUCCAUCACCACCGAUUCCAACUAUCUGUCAACGAUCGGAAGUUCGGUGGAAUCGCUAGAUCAAUUCUCAAGUGGGGAGGUUCAACCGAGCAGCAUAAACUUCUCGAUGCCUUCCAUUCAGAUUCAUGACGCAAAGGCCGAACAUUUGCGGAAUACAUCGGACCCGGAACCAAAUGGGUUGUUCAGUCUGGAGAACGUUCUGAACUACUUGUUCCACGAGGAAGAUUUGGCGCAUGAGAAUGUAGUCAGCAAUAGUAGCGAUGUUUUCUCCUCGUCGACUGCCGAUGAUUAUCGAGAUCCGAUUCCUCCGUUCAGGAAUAUUCCGACUAGAUUAAACGCAAUCUAUGAUCCGUCGACGAGUAUCGAAGCGUCACUUGGAGAAGUUAAGCCACCUUCAAUCGAAGAACAUCAUGAUGGUACGGUGACGUUGAAGGUGGAGAACAACGACUAUACCAAGGAUCUCUACCGGCCUUCGCUGCAUGAUCUUCCCUUCCUGAAUCCGAACUUCCACUCAAGUGGACCGAUUGGUGCUUCAGCUCCAGGACAAACUCUAGAGGCAGAGUUCAAGAACGAUAUUGAUCGAUACGAUUUCAAUCCAGACGUUGAACAUUAUCAGGUCAUCUCGGAUGGGCCUCCGAAUACGAUCCCAAGUGCCGAUGCCACCUACGUGGUGAACCCCGUCGAUAUCAACAAGCUCAAGCAGCACCACUCGGAGGGAACGGCCGAAAUCACGAUGAAGUCCAAGGUUCAUAGCCUUAAGGAAACGGUCGGCAUUCUGAAGCUCGCCGGUUGUAACAUCUACGGCCGAAUGUACCGGGUAGGCCGAAUCAUCUCCGAACUUUCCGGACCAUGUCUGGAGUGUAAAUGUACCGAAGUGGGAGUGCACUGCACCCCUCUGAAUUGUUAGGAUAAGUGGUGAGGAGCGCUUUGAAUGAAUGAUAUCGAUUGCGAGAGCGUGAACGAGACUCUGUGAUCUAGGUGAUAAUACUGUAGCAUUUUUAAGAGUGAAGGCCAUUCGGAGGAAUCAGAAACGAAGCAGCAGAGUUCAAAUUUUGCCGAACCCUAGAGGGUUGAAAACAGCAAAUGGCUAAACGCAUGUUUUUAAUUAUUUGUAAAAAGUUCACACCGGGUAGAUUGUUAUUCUUGUUUUGAUCUGCUUCGUUUGAAAAACAAAAAUCGUUAAAAUAAAAUCAAAACGGUUUGCUUAUUGAUAGAAAUAGGUGAAUCGUGCACGAAGAAUGCAGCAGGUUUAGUAUCCAUGAAUACUUUAAACUGAAACCACUUUUCACAGAAUACCGUUUUUAUUUCCCUUAUUUUGCUACUAACUGGGAAUUUCCCCGCCAAUUUGAAUCCACCAAGGAAGGACUUUUGAAUUUGCGGGCAAAUUCUGUUACAAAAACAUAAAAAAAACCUUCAUUUCUACUACUCAUGCUGGAAGACAAUUCUGUACUGCAUUAGAAAAAAAGAGGUCCACGUUAGAUGUGUAAAUGUAAUCUAGUAGAAUAAACGAACUGACGACCGAAACCAGUUGAAUA